CUAUUACCUUCCCUGAGUUUUACCUGAUGAUUAUACUUCAGUUUUGCUUCCACUUGUCUAAAGUUAUAAUGCUUUGCUCCUGACAAUGGAAAAAAGAAUGAGAAUUUCUCUCUUUGUGUCACUUAUUCUUAUACUUUUGAGUGGCUCAGUCAAUGGAAAUUGUCGUUAUCGCAACGACGAUUUUUCAGAAGAAAUAUUUUCCAUUUUCGCUGAUUUUGGCUGCUACAAGUAUACACAGAAGAAGUUUUUCAUUGACGGAGGUCUCUUCAGAAAUAUAUCAACUUGUUUAUUUGAUGCCUACAAACUCCCAGGAAUAAUCUUGGAUGAUAAAUGUGAGGUAUUCCAUCACAAUAACUCCAGGAUUCAGUAUCUUGUUAGAGAAUCAUUUGUGAAUGAAGUUUACUUUGAACGUUGGGUUGAUUGCUGCGAAGAUGCUCUUCAAUGUUGCCAGAAAAUGCAGCAAAGUGAACAGGAAGAUGGGAGUGAUCUGUGUCCGGCUCUUUGGGAUGGAUGGACAUGUUUCAGUUCGGCACCAGCAGGGACAACAGUGGAAUAUCCUUGUCCAAUUUAUGCUUAUUCAGGACAGGGACCUAAGUGUACACACUUUAGCCAAAAGCAAUGCUUUAACAAUGGAACAUGGAGCGUUCAAACUAACUACGCCACUUGUGCAAUCAACCAGCGCCUAAUCUCAAGAACUACUUGGCAUAUAAUAGUAUUAGGUUUAUCUGUGGCUGUCUGUCUCCCUGCUCUUGUGAUCUUCUUCGUCUACAAAAAUCUUCAUAAAUUCGUUCUUAUAAGGAAUCUCAUAUUGGCCAUUGUUAUUCGGAGCAUCCUUGUGAUCAUGUCGAAGAAGCUGAUAAUCCUGGAUGAGCUAGUUCAGGAGGAGGAUACAGUGAUCUCCAAAAAUGGAGUUCCUUGCCGUAUUUUAUCGUUUUUCGAAAAACUAACUGCUAAUGCCGUUUUCACAUGUAUGCUCCUCGAGGCUAUUCAUUUGCAUCGACUUCUAACAAAUAUCUUUGGAUGUCGAAAGGGACCGAGUGGGCUCAAUAUGAUGUACUAUUACGUUGGAGGAGCUUUGGUUUCUAUUUUAACGGCCAUAUCGUGGGCAAUUGCAAUGGCUUUGGCCAAUGAUCAAUACUGUUGGGUUGUAACGGAUGGAACCGACUUUCAAUGGAUUAAUGAUACUCCUCGAUUGCUAAUGCUGACUAUUAAUUUUAUUCUUUUGCUCCACAUCGUUCUGUGUUUGAGGAAGACGUUUAAGUACAAUCCCAAUGAGCGGCACAAAUACAUACGCCGCACAGCUGAAGUCUCCCUGAUUUGUCUGCCGCUCUUCGGUGUACCGUUCCUUUUUGUAGCUGUUCGUCCUGAAACUAAGUCCUGCCCUUGGGAACAGUUCUAUUACUUUGUUUCUUAUGCUUUGGAAGGGUUACAGGGCAUCUUUGUGGCCAUCCUGCAUUGUUACAUAAACUGCGAAGUGAGACGAACAUUGCGAGACUCCUGGUGGAAGUUGAGUGAGUAUUUGCCCGAUACCUUUAAAAUGCGACCACAAUCAACAGAGAUUACUUGGGAUAGUGGGUAUGAACACUGUAGCAGAUCAACAUCCUGCGCCGGUGAUUAUUCAAGCCGAAAGUCAUCUUUUGCCCUAAGCAGAUCCAACUCAAGGUGCCCCACUGUCCCGGAAGAAGAAAAGGAACUCUCAACUUGUUCUCCUAACUUGACCAUCUCGGUCGAUAGAGAAAACACAUGGACCUACCGAGAUGACGGAUUUGACGCCUUUGAUGUGUCUCCGCAAAAGGAACAUCCUCCAGAUUCGCACAUGUGCUCGCCAUUGGAAAUCAGUAAGGGAAACGGAAGGGGUGACAGCCAAGUAUGAUUUUGAAUUAAUCACCAGUCGCUGAAUUCGUGCAAAAGAACGACGCAUGUGUGAAAGUUGAGGGAAUGGCUGCGACGUCGCGAGGGAAAAUCGAUAUUUUGCUAUUUUCCCCAAUUUUCAAACUGGCCGAAAUAGCAUUGUUGACGAAAAAUGCAUUUCCAGAGAUUGACUCUUCGACGCUCUUAUUAUUAUUAUUAUUUAAAAAUUAUUUUAAAUUAAAACUAAGUAUGAUUUUUUAUUAAUGCUCAUUUUUUGUUAUUGAUUUUCUUAUGUUCUCCGUUAUAAGUUUAUGAGACUACUAAAUUUUAUGAUAAGAGAGAAUUAAUAAAGGAGAUAUUCAAUAAAAA